AUGAUAUCUACCAGCCUGAACCCUCAGCUCAGCACAGAAACCAUCAAAAUGACGCUCACACCAACGCUGGACCCCGCCAAAGCCGAAGAGACCUCCCACGAGUCGCGCGUCCUAAUCAUCAUGACCGGCGGGACAAUCUGCAUGCAACCCUCACCAGGCGGCUUCAUCCCAGCACGGGGGUUCCAAGAAAAAUGCAUGGCGCGAGUGCCGACCUUCAACGACGGCUCCGCCAGCACAACAAUGAACGUAGUCGCGAACGCCGCGCACGAACUCAAAGCACGCCCAAGCCUGCGCACACCGAUGACAGCCUACGGGCGCCAGGUGCGGUACACGGUCUUCGAGUUCGAGGAACUGCUCGACAGCAGCUCGAUCGACGCGAAGGGCUGGACUCAAAUCGCCGAGGCGAUCGAGCGCAAUUACAAGCUCUUCGACGGGUUCGUUGUGCUGCAUGGCACGGACAGUCUGGCGUACACGUGCUCGGCGCUCAGCUUCAUGCUGCAGAAUCUUGGGAAACCGGUUGUGCUUACUGGGUCGCAGGCGCCGAUGCUCGAGCUGCAGAAUGACGCGACGGAUAACCUGCUCGGGUCGUUGGUUGUCGCGGGCCAUUUUAUGAUCCCCGAGGUGUGUUUGUAUUUUAAUAAUCGGUUGUUCCGCGGGAAUCGGACGACGAAGGUUGCGGCGAGUGAUUUCGCUGCGUUUGAUUCGCCGAAUUGUGCCCCCGUGGCGGUUACGAAUUCUAUGCGGACUAAUGUGAACUGGGAUAUGGUGCAUCGGCCUACGAGUUUGGAGCCGUUUAGUAUUCGCACGAAUCUGGAUACUACGCAUGUUGCUUGUCUGCGGAUCUUCCCUGGUAUCAAGCCGGAGAUGGUGGAUGCGGUGCUCAAGCUGGAUGGCUUGCGCGGGCUGAUUCUGGAGACUUUUGGCGCGGGCAAUGCGCCCUCGGGGCAGGAUAACGCUAUGAUCAACGUCUUGGCUAGUGCUAUCCAGCGGGGUAUUGUUAUUGUGAAUAUCACGCAAUGUCUUACGGGCAGCGUCAGUCCAGUCUACGCCACAGGCAUGAGUCUCUCUCGAGCAGGCGUCGUAGCCGGCCUCGACAUGACAACCGAGGGCGCAUUGACGAAGCUCGCGUAUCUCCUCGCGCUGCCAGAAUCCACCCCGGAAUCCGUCGCCAAAAACAUGUCAGUAUCCAUCCGCGGCGAGCUCACCGAGUCAACAUUACCUAUCUUCCGACACCCGGACGGCGAACUCUCCGACCGCAUCCAGACACUCACAUCGCUGGGAUACGCCAUUGCCCAGGGCGACCUAGAGAAGGUCCAAGCCAUUACCAAGAGAGAACACCACUGGCUCCUGAACGACGCCGACUAUUCCGGCAACACGCCCAUCCACCUAGCAGCCACAUCCCCGUCAAUCAAAAUCCUGCACCUCCUCCUAUCGCAAGGCGGCUCGGUGCACCUCCGCAAUCGCGCCGGCCACACCCCGCUCUUCCUGGCCGCGAGCGCGGGCCUCUCGGAGCACACGCUCCUCCUGCGCAAAUCCGGCGCGCACCUGCAUUCGGACGAGCGACCAGCCGCCGAGCUCAUGGCGCGUCACCGGCCGUUUGUCUGGGGCAUGGCUGGGGUUGGGCCGAAAGAGAUCAGCCAGCGGGAGAUGGAGGAGGAGUGGGAGUGGGAUGCUGGUAAGAAUCGGAUGAUUCCUGGGUCGGCGCCUUAG